GACGUGAGCGAACUAGUGAAGAUUGCGGUGGUGGCGGAGAAGGAGGAGGGCGAGGAGACCCGCGGCAGGGUUCACUGGAAACCCUGGGCCCUCGUCGCGAGAGAUCUCGCUCUCGAGGGCUUCGCCACGAGGGCAGACCAACUGACUGAGUUCAGGCGCCGCUGCAUGUCCAACCAGUACACUGUGAUGGCCGACCCUGUGCAUCCGAAGGAGUGGCUGAUCAGCGAGUACCAGGGCAUCAUCGCUGAUCAGGUCACCGCCAGCAGGGUCAAGGGCGUCGCUCAGAAGGAUGCUGACGCGAGCUCCCAGGCGGCCUUGCAGGCCUUCAUGCAGUCCAUGACGCAGUCGCUGCAGGACUCUCGCUCGAGCAGCGUCGCAGCCAUUCAGUCUUUAGCGAACGACGGCUCGGCCGCGAGAGCUGCGCCCCCUGAAGAAUUUUGCCAUAACAUCUUCGAGUCCCCCUCCUUGGCAACGAUUGCGCAGCAGGAGGUUGGAAACUUCGGCGCAGCCUUCACCAAGUCGUUGCAGAAGGAGCAGGAGGUCAGGGAGGCGCAGAAGCGGUACCAAGCGCUGAUCCUCGCAGAGGACAUCGAUGCCAAGAAUCACGCGGCCGAGAGCGCCAACGGCAAGACCGUGAACAUCGUCCAGGCGCGUUUCAACGCUGAGAAGGCCAUCGACGCCCACAGCAAGAAGCUAAUUGGGCUUCUCGAUACUCAGGCAAACGAAGCUUUAUCCGUGGCGGAGUUUCUCGAGGGGAGGGUGCCCAGGGAAGUGUUGGAGACAGAUACUUGGAAGCCUACGAUGGAUAAGCUUGCAGGUGUCAAGGCUUCUGCUGCGGCGGAGGCGAAACGGAUAGAUGCCCAAUGCAACGAGAUGGUCGCUGAGGUGAAAGACGCAACUUGGGAUGGCAGCGUGAAAAAGGUUCGGGAGCAAUUGAAGGAAUUGGUCGAGUCGCAGAGGCUUGCCACUUGCCAUGCCAUCGUGACUAAACGGUUGAUCUCCGACGCCAAGGCGCAGUGCGCCAAGAGGACCGAGAGCGGCGCUCAGUCCAAGAAGCGCAAGUCAGCAUUCGACGAUGCGCCGCAGAUGGAGGUCGACUUGGAGAGCAACCUCGGCCCUGCGAUGCAGGUCAUCGCAUCUGAGACGCGUGGCAAGCACAUCAACAUCGUGACGGACCUCUCGGAGCUGGGCCCCGGCAGGAUGGCGGUGGUGGCGGCCCCCCAGCUUUGCAAGGACGUGGAGGCUGCAUCAGGUUGGAAAGCUUGCGAGUCCUGGAUGCGAAGCAAACUCGAGACGUGGGGCUCGCAGGGCGCUUCGCCCGCGUUUGGGUCAGUGGUCCAGCCAGCUGUGCUCGCUCAGAUCCGCACCAUCAGCACGAUGGAGAAGGUUGAGGUCAGCAACCUCUUUCGCACCGCAUUCAUUGCUUCUGGGCCCAAGGAGCAAUCGCUCUUCAAAGUACUUUACGGCGCGCAGUGCUUUAUCAUUCCGCGCUUGCACUCUUCGGUGUCGCCUGCGCCGUACGGGAUCUGCGAAUGCAGGUUGAUCUUGGAAGGGGAGGAGGUGAUCCUUGGGAUCAAGAUGGACAUCAAACAAGGGGGGCUCGGCAGCCAGGUGGACAGCCUCAAGCGCAUGUCGGGCCACGACUUACUGCGCCUCGGCUCCUCCGAUGGCAACUUCUGUUGCGUAUUGGGCACUGGCGAUUUUGCUGUUCUUCCGACGGGCUUCGUGUACGUGAUUUUCAGAACUACUUUGGUGAGGGGUGUCCGCUGGGGUUGCUCCCCAAGGUGGGAGGGGGAGUUGCAGGAGGUCGAGCGCACGGUCAGCGCGGCGAUGGAGGCGUACCAGGGCAUCCGCGGCACGACCUACGAGGAGUGGUGGAAGUGGCUGAACAGCUCGGCGGCGUCACUCUGA